AAAGUCCCUGUCCACCAGGUCAGCUUUGGGUUCCAGCCUUCUCCCUUUAGCGGUCGUUCUUUGUGCCACAAAAUUCCUGCCAUUAUGAGGGUUAUGAGGUGGCUGCUUUGUGGCCUUGCCAUCGUGGUUGGCUUGGUGGCUUUCUCCUGGAGGGACACUUUUGAGCCAGACAGCCUCUCCGGGGCCCGCGUUCUGCUGACCGGAGCCAGUACUGGGAUAGGAGAGCAGAUGGCUUACCACUAUGCCAGAUUUGGAGCGCAGCUUGUCCUAACGGCCAGGAGAGAGGCGGAGCUGCAGAAAGUGGCACAGAGGUGUCUGAAGCUGGGUGCAAAGAAAGCUGUCUACUACGCUGCAGACAUGGCAUCUCCUCCAGAGUCUGAAAAGCUGGCUCACUUUGCUCUGCAAAACCUGGGAGGGCUGGACUAUGUGGUUCUUAAUCACAUCGGCUGGACUCCUUUCCGGAUGUGGGAUGGAGAUGUGGACCACGCUCGGUGGCUCAUGCAGGUGAAUUUCAUUAGUUCUGUGGCCAUCGCAUCGGCGGCUCUUCCCGACUUGGCGAAGAGCAAAGGCUCGCUCAUUGUGAUCUCCUCACUUGCAGGGAGAAUUGCAAUGCCCUUUACAAGCAUAUACUCGGCCACGAAGUUUGCCCUGGAAGGCUUCUUUGCAUCUUUGCGGAACGAACUUGUCAUGCAGAAGAAAGACGUGAGCAUUACCAUGUGCGUUCUUGGACUCAUUGACACUGAAUCGGCCCUGAACAAAACAAAGGGCAUUGUGAAUCAAGAGGCGGCACCGGCCUCUGAAGCCGCCUUGGCCAUUGUGAAAGGAGGAGCUACCCGGGCCAUGGAGGUGUUCUACCCCUGGACAACCCAACUGAUAUGUGGAGUGCGCGACUGGUUUCCGGCUCAAAGGGACUGGAUCCUACGCGACAGUUAUAAUUACACCACAAACUGAAUUGUACAGGUGUCUCCCUGCACUGAGGCCAGUAUAUGUAGAGUCCAAGGAUGCUGGACUUGUUAUGGCAACCAAGGGUCUUCUUGGGAUCAAGUUGAGUGUCAGCUGAGCCAUGCGCAAAGCAUGUUUUCCUCCUUCCACAACUGAGUAGGGUCCUCUCCUGGAAUUGGCAAGAAGGAUCUUCUAAACAGACUCAGCACCUCUCCUUGUGAAAAUCAAACAGGACGAGACUGUGGGUGUUGACUUUGUGCAGGGAAGACCUGUGGUCAGUGGCUAUCAAUCAUCUGUACAUAUCCCAGAGAUUCUUUCCGCUAGUGGUGGCACUCUCCUCUGGGACAAGGAGGAGAGGAUCAGAAUAAAUCUGCAGAAUUCCUUCCAUGACAAAGAAAAUAGGGCAGAAAUGUUUCGUUUUGCUAACCCCAUGUCCUGGAGUUUUGAUGAGAUUUCUUCCAUUCCUACUACACCUCAGUGGCUUGUCGCAGGGAACUGCAGCUCUUAAUAAUUUCAGGAUGUGGGGUAGGUUUAACUCGGGGUCGA